UAAAGGAACGAAGACGGCGUGAAAGCCAGCAGUGUUGUCUUGCUCCCCGGCAUCUGGAUCAUAGGGCACGAGACAGAACUAGGUGGCGCGCCUUGAUUAAACUUGCUCACAGCAACUUAGAAGAUAGGCAUCACGGAGACCUGAGACAGCUCAAAAGAAGAGGAAGGCAGUAGCAACGGCCGUGCCCAAGGAACCAGGACAAGUCCCCCUCCCCACUGUGAACGUCGGUGUCGUUCAAGAAUUGGCCUCUACAGUCACCCUCAAACACACCGCAGAUGAGCUGCACAAACACAAUCAUAAUCGUCGAAACCGACAGACAACCAAGACAAGUUAUUUCCCGUGGGAGUUAAAUAGAGCAGAGCCCGAGGCUUGAAAGGAGGAUGAACAUUUGGCAUUUCGUCACUUCAUGGACAUUUUCUUAAAGCAAAGUAAUUUGCAUUGAUCAGUACAGUUAAUACGUUCAAGCAACAGAGUGAAGGAUGCAGUUCAUUAUCAGAAGUGGAUGAAAACUAUCAUUGUUUCUCGACAUUAAGCUGGAUCAAAUUAUGUUUGAUUCUGGAGACGAAGUUCUUCGUUGCUUCCUCAUGAUGAAAAGUUCAUCGCUGAUCCUCGUCUGUCUGUUAAUCCUGCUAGUGAUACCUUGGAGCCAGGGUCACAGCCUAUUCACCUGUGAGCCUAUAACUUUCCAUCGGUGCGAAGGUCUCUCAUAUAAUAUGACAUUUUUCCCCAAUAAAUUGGAGCACUAUGAUCAGGACACUGCAGCCGUUGCAAUGGAGCCCUUCCUGCCUCUUAUAAACCUGGUUUGUUCACCGGAUGUAAGAACAUUUCUGUGCAGUGCCUUUGUGCCAGCCUGCACAGAAGAACGCCAGAUUGCCCCACCUUGUCGAGAGCUUUGUGAGAAAGUUCUUAAGGACUGUGAAAAACUGAUGGAGACAUUUGGGAUCUCGUGGCCGGAGGAACUGCAAUGUGAUCGGUUAGAAGAUUGCAAUGGUGGCCAGCACACUUCAGCUAUAGCUUCAACUCCAAGAUCGGUCACAGAGAAGACUUCACAGAUGGUAGUGAAAGAUUAUGGAUUUUGGUGUCCACGACCCCUCAAGAACCCAACUGGGCAUGGUAGUUCAUUUCUUGGUGUGGGUGACUGUUUGCCACCAUGUCCCAACAUGUACUUCAGAGAAAAUGAAUUGAACUUUGCCAAGUAUUUCAUUGGAAUUGUUUCCAUCAUUUGUCUGUGUUCAACUCUCUUCACAUUCUUGACUUUUCUCAUCGACGUUCGAAGAUUCCGUUACCCUGAGCGACCUAUUAUUUUUUAUGCAGUAUGUUAUAGCAUGGUAUCUCUGAUAUACUUUGUUGGUUUCAUUGCUGGUAAUAACAUAGUUUGCAACAAAGCAAAUGAGAAAUUGGGUACCAUGGAAACAGUUGUCAUAGGUGCACAGAACAAAGGAUGCACAAUCCUUUUUAUGCUCUUAUAUUUCUUUACCAUGUCAGGAACUGUUUGGUGGGUAAUUCUGACCAUCACCUGGUUCCUAGCAGCAGGUUUGAAGUGGAGUUGUGAAGCUAUUGAACAGAAGGCAUUGUGGUACCAUUCUUUUGCCUGGGGAAUGCCUGGGAUAUUCACAAUAAUGCUGCUUGCCUUAAACAAAGUUGAAGGUGACAAUAUUAGUGGUGUAUGCUUUGUUGGACUGUAUGACUUGAAUGCUUUGCGUUAUUUUAUCCUGACACCAUUGUGCCUCUGUGUGGUGGUGGGAUUGUCCCUCCUUUUGGCAGGAAUUAUUUCCUUGAAUCACGUACGACAGGUAAUUCAACAUGACGAAAGAAAUCAGGAGAAACUAAAGAAGUUUAUGAUUCGAAUUGGAGUUUUCAGCGGCCUAUACUUGGUGCCAUUGGUAGCACUCCUGGGAUGUUAUAUUUAUGAGCAAGCUCUUCGGACGACUUGGGAAACUACGUGGGUUCAUGAUUACUGUCAAGAUUAUCCCAUUCCGUGUCCCAAUCAGGUAGAAACUCUCACCAGACCUGACUUGUCUCUUUUUAUGAUGAAAUACCUGAUGACUCUAAUUGUCGGUAUACCAGCAGUUUUCUGGGUUGGCAGUAGGAAGACCUGUUCUGAAUGGGCCAAUUUCUUUCAGAGCGCUCGCAAGCGAGACCCAAUAACAGAAAGCCGCAGAGUGCUGCAGGAGUCCUGUGAAUUUUUCCUAAAGCACAAUUCCAAAGUCCAGCACAAAAAGAAGCACAAGUCGGGUUUGCAUAAACUCAGGGUCAUCUCUAAAUCCAUGGGGACAUGCACCACAGGUGUGGCAAGUCAUGGGACGUCCCUGCCUGCCGCCAGCCCAGGGACACUUUCAGAAGCUAAACCUUUUCUUGAAAUCAAUGAACAUGAUGCUCUCCUGCCUGAAAUGCCAUCCACCUUGAACGUCUCUACUGGGGAACGAGCUUCUAUCAGUUUAUUGAGCCAGGCAAUGUCUGCUGACUUGCCAGAGAAAGGAAGUAAUGAGGGCAGCAACUCUGUUGGACCAAGAGUUCAGUCUGAAGGCAUUCAGCGUGUCCCAGAUGGAAGAUUGACACCAAGUGGCAACUUCGCUGAGGAAUCCACACUGCAAAGUAGCUACACACUUGUACCGCACUAUUCAUGUCCUACAAGCAGCAAGGGCUGUGCUUCUCUUGUUGUACAUGCAUUGCCAGAAUUCAGCAAAGUGGAAGACCCUGGGAAUGAUGACUCAAAUGCCUGAGGAUGCCUGCUCCAAACCAUUUGGCUUGAUAUGACAUUGUAAAAUAUUUUGACCAGAGCAUAUUAUUUGUGAACUUCCCCUCUAUGCUUUGUUUUGUAAGCUACUUACUGUCUUCUAUCAAGAACAGUAAUUUAAAUGCAUUACAUCUUAAAUAGAUUGAACAUAAGUAAAUCUAAAGUUUAAUAUAAAUGAGGAAAAUACUAUAAAGUAGCAUGUUUUUAACCAUUUUUAUGCUUCCAGGCAGUUUUUUUUUGAUAUGGUGAUCUUCAUUUUAUACUUAAAUUUUAGCUUUGUGUUGAGGGGAGAAAAUGAGUUUAGUGAAUAUUAUGCAAUUUUUUUGUGUUGUGUAAAGUAUUCUUAGGUGGCAUAUAUUUCUGUUCAACCAUUUGGUAAUAUUGUUAAAUUCAAAUGUUAUUUCAUCUUGUGUACUUGAUUACAUAGUGAGAGAAUUGAAAUAUUAUUAGUGGAGAAUAACUUUAAGCAGCUGUAGUCACUAUAGAGACUGAUCUAGAACAAAACCAAUUUCCAUUAGUGGGCUGGGUCAUAUUUAUUCUGUACACUGGUGUAGGUGGUACAAAAUAGAAGAUGAGCAGUCUAGUUUAAAGUAUUCAGGGAAAAUAAGUUGGAGCUUUAUAUGGUCAAAUUCACUGGAAGAAGAUAGCAAAGUUGAUAUAUAGAUUUAUUUUAAUGGGUAUGAAUCACAGCAAAAUUAGCUAAUAGUUUAAAUCUGUAUAUUUUGGUCAGAAUAUAAAAAUAAAUAUAUGUAGUCUAGUGCAUGUAGGGUGGAAUUUUAAACUGGGGUGUGUGUAUGUAUGUAUGUAUGUUAGUCUUGCGAGACCAUGGAUCUGCGCCUGGAAAGUCUUCACUCUCCAGAGCGCAGGCCUGGGCAAGGUUGUAUGGAAGGCCAGCAGUUGUCUAUGCUGCAAGUCUCCCCUCUCCACGACACCAGUGUUGUCCAAGGGAAGGGCAUUAGACCCAUACAGCUUGGCACCAGUGUCGUCGCAGAACUAUGUGUGAUUAAGUGCCUUGCUCAAGGACACAACACAUUCCCUCAGCUGGGGCUCGAACUCUCGACCUUCAGGUCGCUAGGUUCAAUGCCUUAACCACUUGGCCAUAUGUAUACAUAGCACUGGAACUCUCAAGUCAGUCACAUUACCAUUUGCAACUACAGGACUAAAUGUCCAUGUUGGGAGUCUUGUGUUAUGUAUUUGAUUUGAGGCUGCAGGCGUCUUCUGCUGGAGACAUGAGAGACUGCAAAUGCUGGAAUCUAGAGCAGGGGCUCCCAACCUUUUUAUACCAUUAGGCAAGGGGUAUGUGGAUCCUAGUUUGGGAACCCCUGAUCUAGAGCAACAAGCAAUCUACAAGAGGAACCCAGUGGGUGGAACAAAAUCUGUGGGAGGAAAGGAAUUUUCAAUGCUUCCAGACAAAAUUUCAGGUUCUGAUGUAAAGAUAAUUCCUUUCCUCCCACAGAUGUUGCCUCCCCACUCGAGCACCUCCAGCAGAUCACUUGUUACGGUAAGCAACUGCUGCUGCCUGGGGUAGAUGUUCACAGCUGCAUUUCCAUCAUGAACUGUUACAAAUAGUUUUCAGGAACUGAUUCUGGGGACAAUCUAUGGUGGAGAUAAAUGAUGGCUUUGGUUUUCUUCAUAUUUAAAUGCCGUCAGUUUAAAAUUUGCAUUAAAGCAUCUCUAACGGCAAUACCUUGGUUGGUUUCAUUCAAGACAAUUAAGAUCUUCAGUUCUAGUAAAGUCAGCAUGAUUUCCUUAAGGGGAAAUCUUGCUUGACAAAUUUGUUGGAACUCUUUCAGGAAAUAACAGGUGGGAUAGACAAAGGAGAGUCAGUGGAUAUUGUUUAUUUAGAUUUAUAAUAGGCCUUUGAUAAGGUGCCACAAAUGAGGCUGCUCAACGAGAUAAGAACCCAUGGUAUUACAGGGUAAAAGAAUGGCUGACUAGCAGGAAGCAAGGAGUGGGAAUGAAGGAGGCCUUUUCUAGUUGGCUACUGGUGACACGUGGAGUGUUGGAGGGGUCGGUGUAGGGACCAUUUCUUUUCACGUUAUAUGUCAGCGGUUUGGCUGAUGGCUUUGUGGCCAAGUUUGCGGAUGAUACAAUGAUUGGUGGAAGGGCAAGUAGGUUUGAGGUUUGAGGAAACAGGGAGCCUGCAGAAGGACUUAGACAAAUUCGGAGAAUGGGAAAAGAAGUGGCAGAUGGAAUAUAGUGUAGGGAAGUGUAUGGUCAUGCAUUUUGUUAGAAGGAACAAGGGCAUAGACUAUUUUCAAUAUAGGACCAAAUUCAGAAAUUAAAAAUGCUUUGGGACUUAAGAGUUCUCAUGCAGGAUUCCCUAAAGGUUAACUUGCAGGUUGUGUUGGUGGUAAGGAAGGCAAAUGCAAUGUUAAUGUUGAUUUUGAGAGGACUGGAAUAUAAAAGCAAGGAUGUAAUGGUAAGGCUUUAUAAAGCACUGGUCAGUCCACACUUGGAGCAUUGUGAGCAAUUUUGGCCCCUUAUCAAAGAAGGGAUAUGCUUACAUUGGUGAGGUUCCAGAGCAAGUGCACGAGAAUGAUGCCAUGAAUGAAAGGGUUAACAUAUGAGGAAUAUUUGUUGGCUCUGAGCUUGUACUUGCUAGAAUUUAGAAGAAUGAGGAGGAGAUAUCAUUAAAACGUAUUGAAUUUUGAAAGGCCUGGACAGAGUGGAUGUGGAGAGGAUGUUUCCUAUAGUGGAGGAUUCUAGGUCCGGAGGGCACAGCCUCAGAAUAAAAGGACGUCCCUUUAGAACAGAGAUAAGGAGGAAUUGCUUUAGCCAGAGGGUAGUGAAUCUGUUAGAAUUUACUGCCAUGUACGGCUGUAAUGCAUUAUGUAAUUCUGUGCUGUGCUAUCCUGUGUGGGGCACAGAGUACGUAGAUGUAAGUCACCUUGAUUUUCAUCACUCAAACCCUUAGCAAGCCAUAGACUGUUCAACUUGUAUAGUGAUUGAAAGAGGCCAAGGAGUGGAAUUAAUUGAAUAGCCCUACAAAAGAGUUGACGGGUAAAAUUGGGCCACGUGUCUACCUCCUUUGCUGCGUCUUUCUGUGCUGAGACUGAUCCAGUUUAAUGAUUAAAACUUUCUCAUGGAAGUACCAUUCCAUGAUUCAGUUUGAUUGAAGGAGCUGUAUCAAAGCUCAAUCCAGUAGGUAGUGGAAUGAGCUGCCAGAGAGAGUGGCAACCCAGAAGGCAGUUGGACAGGUACAUGGAGAAAUCAGCAUGUAAUUUUAUAAUGUGUUUAAGGAAAAUUAAAUGUUCAGCCAAGGCAGUUUCCCCCAUAUGAUUCCCCCAUAUUACUCUCCUUCUAACAUUCUUCUUUUAACACCAUCAUUCUAUUUUAGUCUCCAUCAAAUAAAUACCUGUGGUUUCAUCCCUCCCCUUAGUUCCAUCUGUGUGAGUUAGACAAUCAGAUAUAGGAUGAGAAUUGGGCCAUUUUGGCUCAUCGAGUCUGCUCCACCAUUCCUUCAUGGCGGAUCCAUUUUAUCUUUCAACCCUGUCCUCCUGCCUUCCCUCUGUAACCUACCACGCCCCGACUAAUCAAGAGCCUAUCAACCUCUGCCUUAAAUACACCCAAUGACUUGGCUUCCAAAGCCACCAUCUGAAUUCCACAGAUUCAGCACCCUCUGGCUAAAGAAUUUCCGCCUCAUUGUGAGGCUGUGCCCUCUUGUCCUAGGCUCCUCAACCAUAGGAAACGUCCUCUCCACAUCCACUCUAUCUAGGCCUGUCAGCAUUCAAUAGCUUUCAAUGGGAUCCUUCCCUUAUUCUUUUAAAUUCCAGAGACUACAGGCCCAGAGUCAUCAAUCGCUCUUCGUAUGAUGACCCUUUCAUUCUUGGAGUCAUUCUCAUGAACGUCCUUUGAACUCUUCAAUAUCAGCACAUCCUUUCUUAAAUAAGGGUUCCAAAACUGCUCACAAUACUCCAAGCUUUUUCAAUUCAAGCUUCUUCACAAUGAAUCAGUGAGCUCCGCCUUCGUAUAAAAUGGCAGGUAAUGACGCCUUGAGGAUAUGUGGUAAGGGAAAUGGUGAAAGGUAUUCUAACUGGAAAUCUACUCCAGAUUAUUUAGUGUUGCCACUAGCUGGAUUGAUGAAAAAGUUCAAUUCUUUAUCUCUUGCAUCCUCAAAGCAGUAAAAAUCAGCAGAAAUUUAUUUUGCUGUGUUUUGCACUGUUUUGAACCAAAUUGAGCUUAUUACUUCCUAUUAUCUUUUACCUACAGGGUGGAAGCUAGUAGGAAAAGAUUUAUUUAAGAUAAAAAUGAAUAAAUAUUUGAAGGAUCCAGAAAACUGGCACAGAAGAGGAGUUGAAGCCAGUAUGGAUCUGCUACUGUCACCUUGAAUGAGGGGUGCUUGAGUUCCAGGCACGUUAAGAGUGAGGCAGCAAAAUGUACAAUAUGUUUGCAGAUGGAUUGUGUUCCUAUUUUUUGAGAAUGGGAGACAUAUAAUGAGUAUUUUUAACUUAAUCUAUUUUAUUUACUAAACAUUGCAUCUUUAGGAGGUGUAUGAAGUCAAUAUUGCUGACUUAUAUUUUCAAACGCAGUCUGCCACAAUUAUGGAUUGAAUUCAUCGAAGACAGUUUUUCAUCUAAGUGAACUACUUGAAUAAAAUGUGUGUUACUGUAUUAAAAAAAUACAUUUCAGUAAUUGGAACAAAUUUUUGUCCUUGCAUUCUAAAACGAGCUCCCUUUGAUCGUCCUGGAGAUGAGUGUUACUGUGAUGUUUAGCAGUGUGUUGCAAUUAAAAUGUGCUUGGGACUAAAUUUAGUGCGAUAUAAUUAUAAAUUAUUUACUCUGGAUUUCAAACUCAUGUCUGCUAAUGUAAAAGAAAACUCUAACAAUGAAUUGGUAUGUGUGGCUUAGUUACUGAAAUAUGAAUGAACUUGAUAAGAUCCAAGGAUUUUCCUUUGAAAGUAAUUGGGAAAGGAUCAGCUAAAUGUCACGUGUGACUACACUGCUGUAUUUCUAAUAUACAAGGUCAGAAGCCACUUUAUUAGGUACAGAAGUAGAACCUUGUGUGGUCUUCUGCUGCUGUAGCCCAUCCAUGUCAAGGUUCAAUGUGUUGUUCAAAGGCUCAAAGGUAUAUUUAAUAUCAGAGUAUGCAUACAGUAUACAAACUGAAAUUCAUACUCUUCACAGAAUCAACAAAACAAAGAAACACCAUAGAAUGAAUGAUAGAAACAUUGAAGCCCCUCCUCCCCCUCCCUUCAUACAGGCUGCAGCAAAAGCACCGACUCCCCCCACCCGCACUAGAUGCUCUUCUGCACACCAAUGUUGUAAUGCAUGGUCAUUUGAGUUGUCUUGAAGCAGUCUGGCCACACUCCUCUGGCCUCAUAAACAGGAUGUUUUUGCCCCAGAAUUGCUGCUCAUUUGAUGUUUUUUUUGUGUGUUUUGCGCACCAUUCUCUGUAAACUCAAGAGGGUUCUUCAUGAAAAUCCCAGGAGAUCUGCAAUUUCUGACUCAAACCACACUGUGGGGCACCAACAAUCAUUCCAUGGUCGAAGUCACUUGGAUCACAUUUCUUCCCCAUGCUGAUGUUUGGUCUGAACGACAACUGAACCUCUUGACCAUGUCUGCAUGCUUUUAUGCUUUGAGCUGCUGCCACAUGAUUGGCUGAUUAGAUAUCUACAUUAACCAGCAGGUGUACCUAAAAAAGUGGCCGCAGUGUAUAUAGUUUACUUCAAUAUCUUUGUACUUUGCUGCUAUUUUUAUAGAUCUAUUUAAAAUGUUUUCUUAAUGGGAGUGGCCUGUGAUUCAACUGCUUCUGCACAAAAUUGUAUUUCUGUAACCUGAUUACUAGUGAUGUUCUAUUUGAUUACAAUAAGUACUUUAACAUGUCCUUAUUUUAUAAGAGUUAUUGCUAAUUCAAAGUGCAGGUUUUUACAUUUAAUUAAAAUGCUGU